UCUAAGAAAACCGAAGAAAACGAUAUAAAAUCCAAUUUUUUUCUCAAUUAAAUCGUAUAUUUUGGUGAUUUUUGCUUAUCUUGAUCGUUAUUUGAUCAAUGUACUUGCUAUUCUCACUGGUUUACUGAAGUUUUAUUUGAGUUUUGUUAUUAUAUUUUUGUUUAUUUACCCUUUUUGCUUAAGAAAAAUUAGUUCUUUUUGGCCUAGGUUUUGUUGCAGAUUGAGGGGAGAUUCUUGUGCUGUUGUAUUGGUUUGGGAUUUUACUGUAUAUUUUGAAGAAUUUAGCUUCUAGGGUUUUAGUUUUCUUGAAGUGACUCUCGUCUAAUUUAGGGUUCGAUUUGAAUACUGCUUUUUCCCCCCACAUUUUUGAUGAUCAGAAGCAAGUGGGUUUUUAAAUGUUUUAAAAUGCAACUAGAUUAUAGUGUUUCUUGAAGCGACUCAUUUUGAAUUUGAUGUUUUUUAUCUUGAUAAUGUUUACAAAUUCUUGGGGUUUCAUUCUCUUACAAAACAGCGUUUACAAAUUUACUAGGCAGGGCGAAAGAAAACCCUAAAUUAAGCUCACAAUGUCAAGAAUUCCUCACCUCCCUCCUCGUUGCCCGCCCCCGAUUCGAGUGAAAGAAGAUGAAAUGCCUGAUCUCAUCAGGUUCCCUUCUCUUGGUACCAUCUUAGAAGAACAGCCCUCUUGGUUCGAAGAACUGUUGACCGAUUCGGACGUUAACUCGAAAGAAACACUUCAUAGGAGAUCAGCUAGUGAUUCGGCUGCUAUUCUUGAGGUCUCAGCUGAAUUACAAUGCCCCAUUUCUAAUUCUAGUGAAGAGAGUGAAAUUUGCGGUGGAUUUGGGGGAAAUUGUGUAUAUGGUCCGAAUUCGCCUAGGCAAAAGAGUAGCUUAAGCAACUCCGAAGUGUCUGCGUUGAUGGAAAGUAUUCCUCCGAACAAGUUGCAGUACGUGACAGUGGAUGUUCCUAGUUGCGAGACGAUGAAGCAGGCUGACCAGAAUGGGGAAUAUCAAAUUUCAGCGGGUGAUCUUGACCCAGAGAAGGCAGCAAGAAGGCGGUCUGGGCAAAGGUCGAGGGUUCGUAAGCUUCAAUAUAUUGCUGAGCUCGAGAGAACUGUUGAUGUAUAUCAGACCAUAGGAGCAGAAUUGGCAGCUGGAGUUGCAUCCCUUUUUCAGCAGCGACUCGUUCUAUCUGUAGAAAACAAGAAACUUAGACAGCAGAUUGCUCGCCUUCGGCAGGAGAAAGUGAUCAAGGAUGGUGAAUAUCAAUCCCUGAAGAAGGAAGCAGAGAGGUUGAAGGCGAUCUAUGGAUGCCACCGAAGAAGCAAGAGCGCUGUUUCUCUCUUCGACACAGAAUCUAUAGAUGCUAAUCCUUCAGGAGCAGCUUGGCAAAUGUUGGAUUUUGGAAAGCUAAAUCUUGACGGAAACCCAGUGGCACCAUUGAGGCAUGGUUUCGGUCUCUAACGCCAUCUUCGCUUAUAUUAACAUUGCUAAAGCUUCACCAAGGUUACAGGAUUCUAGUCCUUACUCUAACCACAACCUUUAGUUGCUGUAGGUUAAUGACAUAGUUUAUGUGAUCCUUUAGACUGGAAAAGUACUUUUCUGAAAGGAUAUAAAAAC